CGUUGCUGGAUGAGUCUCAGCUCACUGACUUCUCUCCACUGUCUUCACGCUGGUCUGCGUCUGUGCUCGUCCUUCUCUCACUGGGAGCUGGAGCAGGUCUCGGAGCGGUGGAUUUGUAAUAGUUUGGACGCUACCUUCACCUCCGCGGACAUCCUAACUUCACACAGGCCGUUUGUUUGUUUGUGUUAUUGUCUCCGCCGCCGUCGAACACACUCCUCAGUCCAGGCGGUUCAGUGACAUUUGCGCAGGAAAACGUCUUGUCACAACAGGCAGAGGUUUCGACUCGGAGCUGCGCGUUUUAAAGCCCAUGACAACAGGAGAGGGGAGGAGACAAAGAGAAGUCAUCAUUUUCAUCUGAAACAAGGGAAGACACAAGCGUAUACCCAUGGGGCAGGGAGAGGCUUCAGCACGUGGCACAACCAUGGAGGGGGAUUGUCUCAGCUGCAUCAAGUACCUCAUGUUUGUCUUCAAUUUCCUCAUCUUCCUUGGGGGUUCUUUCCUCCUGGGAGUGGGAGUGUGGGUACUGGUGGACCCAACCGGGUUCAGGGAAAUUGUAGCAGCCAACCCGUUGUUAUUCACCGGUGUCUACAUCAUCCUGGGCAUGGGAGGCAUGCUCUUUCUUCUGGGCUUCCUGGGCUGCUGUGGCGCUAUCCGUGAAAACAAGUGUCUGCUUCUCUUUUUCUUCAUGCUCAUCCUCCUCAUCUUCUUAGCAGAGCUGGCUGCUGCCAUUCUGGCCUUCAUAUUCAGGGAACAUCUGACCAGAGAGUACUUCACCAAGGAGUUGAAGAGACAUUAUCAGGGCUACAACAACACUGACGUCUUCACCUCCACAUGGAACGCCAUCAUGACUACAUUUGACUGCUGUGGUGUGAACAGCCCAGAGGAUUUUAAGGACAGCCUGUUCAGGCUGAUCAACCAAAAUCAUAUGGUGCCAGAAGCCUGCUGUCUGCGUGCCAGUCAGGCCGGGGACUUGGCCUAUAUCAGCCAGGAGCAGUGCUUAUCAGGCAAUAUGAUGUUUCGCAAUAACAAGGGGUGUUACUCUGCAGUCGUCGACUACUUUGAACUGUACAUCUAUGUGGCUGGUGCACUCGCCAUUGUGGUUCUCACCAUUGAGCUCUUUGCCAUGGUCUUUGCAAUGUGCCUCUUCAGGGGAAUCCAGUAGAGCUGCUGUCUGUGUUCUUAUCUUUUUUUUUAUUAAGAAAAAGGGAUUCAGGAGUUAAGUAUAAAAUGGACACUUGUUAAUUUGUUGAUCUUUUUUUCUAUUGGCUAAUAGGUAGAAAACAAACUCUUGUACUUCACAGCUGGACUUUUGAGGUACUGAGUCUCAGAAACACACACACACACACUCAUACAAACCAUAGUGAAGAGCAGAUACAAAACUGAUGUAAAACGAUUUCUGUGUAAAAUGGAAACAGUAAAUUGUGGACCAAGUCUAGCACAGACUGGGUAUAAAGUUGACCGGGCAUGAGGACCAGGUGAAGCCUGAGCAGAAGGCACUGCACUGACUUUUGGAUGAAGAAUAUUUAUAUUAAUUAAAGUUGGCUUAAAUGUAAAAAAAAAAAGUGUUUUAUGUACAAUUUGGCUGUUACCCCUCCCCUACAUACUGUAUACUGUAACACUCCUCCCUCAACAUGCCUUUUUUACAGCCACUUUUCUUUAAUGCUGUACUAUAUAAGCUGUGUGUCUGCGCGCGUGUGUGUGUGCGUGUGUGUGUGUGUGUACAUACUGAAUGCUCUUUCUGAAUGUGUUUGUGAGCAUGUGAGUUUGUGGUUUGUCAUGACCCCACCCAAGCUUGAAAGCAGACUUCUGAUACUUUUUUCUAAACGUAUGGUGAUGUUUAUUGCAGUAGUGGCUAUAGCCUAUGUGGUUUUAGGCAGUGAACUGUACAUUAAGUGUAUGCAUUUGUAUUAGAUUGUUGAUUCUCCAGUGACAUAAAUGGCAUUCUGGA